CCCCCACGGAAUUUCCGUGGAUUCCCCUGCCCCCCCCCCCCCCUUGAUAUGCUAGUUGCCCACAGAAUUAGAAGUACACAUUCGUUGAUUUUGCCUUGUGAUCGUGCGCGUGUCGAUCGUAAUGGCAGGACUGGAGCUUCUAUCCGACGAGGGAUUUAGAUUAGAUGGUCGACGACCAUCUGAACUGAGAAAGAUUCAGUGUCGUCUGGGAGUUUUUGAUCAGGCAGAUGGAUCAGCAUACAUUGAGCAAGGAAAUACCAAGGCUUUGGCAACUGUUUACGGUCCACACGAGGUUGUUGGAGGAAAGGGUAAGCCCCAGCAUGACAAAGUGACCAUCAACUGCCAAUACAGCAUGGCCACAUUCAGCACAAAUGAGAGGAAGAAUCGGCCUCAAGGGGAUAGGAAAUCAACCGAAAUGUCACUGCACCUGCAGAGAACGUUUGAAGCUACCAUACAAACACAGCUCUAUCCAAGAUCACAGAUUGAUAUCUUUGUGCAGAUUCUGCAAGCAGAUGGAGGGAAUUACUGUGCUUGUGUCAACGCCGCUACUCUUGCAAUCAUCAACGCAGGUAUCCCCAUGAAGGACUAUGUAUGUGCUUGCUCCUCUGGUUUUGUAAAUAAUACACCUCUGUCUGAUGUGAGUUACCUUGAAGAAUCUCAGGGAGGACCUGUAGUGACUGUAGCCUUGCUGCCCAAGUCUGAUCAGAUUGCUCUCUUUAAGAUGGACAAUCGUCUCCAUGUGGAUCACCUAGAGCAGGUGUUGGAGGUAGCCAGUAAGGGUUGUAAGGACAUGUAUGCAGUCAUGGACGCAGCAGUGAAGGAACAUGUCAGUCGGAUGGCAAAGAGUAUGGAAUGUAGCUGAUGAGGAGGAACUGCAACCAGAGUUAUUAAGUUAUAAAGAUGGAGAACAUUUCUUUGCCUUCUGAAUUGAAAGAAAAUAAAUCCUCUUUGAGAUGCCCUUCAGCUUUCUCUAGAGUCUUGGUGGUAAACCUAUUACACUUGUAAUAGAGGAGGUUGUCAUUGUCCAUCUCAAUAUCACAAGACCAGCAUGAGUAGAACUUUGCUGAAUCCAAUUGAACGGCAUGUUGAAUGUAUUACCAGUACUUAUUAUUAAUUUAUUGGUGAACUUGUACCAGAGACAAUUUUAAAAACUUGCUCAUUGUGGCCAAUAUCAGGACUCAGUCCAGCCUGAGUUGUCACGGUAUAAGUUGAACGAUCUCCAUUAAUUUUAAGAGCAAAAUGAUUACUGAAAGUCCAUAGUCUUCCAUGUUGUACCCCUUUAUUAGUUUGUACUUACAGCAUAAAAUGUACUUUGGAAGUCUAUCAGGGGACUUGAAGAAGUGACAAGAUUUUUAUUUUUUAAUGUUUUUACAAAUUUAGCAUUCCAGGAUGGAAAUCUUGUGAUAUUAGAUCAUGAUAAUGUACAAAAUCCACAGCUGGCAUAAACUUUUAUUGAAUGUCUUUUUUUUUUUUAAGACUAACAAAAAUAGAGUAAGAUGGAUUCCAAAAAUAUAUUACACACAGCUUUUGAAAUUUAUCAAUAUUGACCUCUGUGGCUUAUACCCUUUUGAACCUCAAAUCUAAUCAAGGGGGUGUUUCACAAAGAUUUAAGAAUGACUUAGAAUCGCACUUAAAUGCCGACACAUACACAAUAUGCAACGCGCAGUCUUAUUGAUCAAUACGCAGUAGUGUGCAUCCUCUUCACAUGAUCUGACCAAUGCGGUCAUGCCUUUUACAACGCUGGCAACUAGGCAUUUAUGUGCGACUCUUAAGUUAUACUUAAUUCCUUGUGAAACUCCCCCAGAUCAUUAAAACAGCUAUUUAGUUUUCACAAAAACAAGAUAUUUCAAUGUUUACUUUAUAGUGAUGUCUGUGACCUUUGACCUCAUGACCCCAAAAUCUGGUCCAAUCAUUGUCACUCCCAUAUGCAUCGAGCCCAGUUUGAAAUUUAACACUAAAAAUGGUUAUUCAUUUAUCACAAGAUAUUUCAAUUAAUGUAUAUAAUGUCUGGGACCUUUGACCUCACGACCCCAAAAUAUAAUCUGGUGGGCGUUUCAUAAAUCUGUUAUUAAGUUAAGACUGACUUUAAGAACUACCGGUGAACCUCUUUUACGUGCUAAAUAAUCCCCAAUGAACAUUUAAUGGUGAAUUUCAUUUUCCACAAGAAAGGAUCACCAGUCGUUCAUAAAGUCACUCUUAACUUACGAACAGCUUUAUGAAACGGCCCCAGAUCAUUAUUACACCAAUAUCCCAAGUUUGAAGUUUAACCAUUUUAACCAUUCCAUACAUGUAGUUAUCAUGAGAAUGAUUAACAUGUAUAAUGGCCUCAAUGACAUUUGACCCCCACCCCUCUAAAAAAAGAAAUACUCAGAUUAUUGUCAUUCCUACCUACCUCCUGAACUAAGUUUGAAGUUAAUCCAUCAAACAGUUCUUUAGUUAUCGAGGAAAGGUUAACAGGAUGAUCAAACAGAUGGACAACCUGAAACCACCUAUGGUGAGUGGAGGCAUAAAAACCUAAUUUUCAGACUUGAGAAUGGAAUAAAAUGAAUUGUAAAACAUGGAA